GAUAAAAUUCUAUUUCUAAUCACAAAUGCAAGUUCCAAUUGGAAUUACUUCAAGAUAUUUCUUAUAAUUCUUAGAAGAAAUUUAAAUUUGGCGCGCUUUACCCGUUCCAAACAAAAUGCACACUCAGAAGUCCCACAAGAUAAACGGCAGUUCCCCUUCGGCCUCUGCUGCGGCGAAAGCUAAAGCGGCACUCAGAAUGCAAUUACAAAUUGAGCUUCAAAAUAAAAAGCAGUGCACUUAUAAGCCAUUUGAGUGCACACAAUUAACUCUCGACGGUUACAAUUACUGUUUGAGGCAUAUUUUGGAGGAUAAGAACGCCCCCUUCAAACAAUGCUCCUAUGUUUACACUGCAAACGGCAAAAGAUGUUAUAUGCCCGCUUUAAAAUCGGAUAAGAAAGAUUUUGGAAAUAGCAAUAGUUAUUGUAAUGAACAUGCGUUAAAAACGCAUUUAACAAGAGUUCGACAUGGAACAAAACACCCACCACCUCAAACAGCGGAAGUUCUAUUACAUUCACUUGCACAUUAUGUUCGAAAACCACGUACAAGAACUGUUUCUUCGAGUACUCAAGGUUCCCAUGAUAAUGAUGAGUCUCUUGGGGAAGAGGGUGAAGUUAAAGCUACAAGAUCGUUGGAUCCAUUUGUUGAUAUUGAUGCUGCAAGUGUGAACGCAUCUUGUAGCGAUAUUUUAGAUAUGUGUAGUGAAUCGGAAAGUGAUGUUGAACCUACAACUUUUGCAAACGUUUGGCAUGAUGGUCAAGGUGAUAGUUCGGAUAAUGAAAGCAUUGAUUCAGAGAAUGAGGAUCCUUUAAAGCAUGCAAAUGUAUAUACAUCAGAAGAAAUUACAUUGUUGACUAAAGAUAAGUUGAUUCGAUUACAAUCACUUUAUAUUGAUCAAUAUAGGCAUCUGCAACAUAUUUUAAAGGAAAGGAGAAGGAAAUAUUUGCAAGCUUUGAAACGGGAAAAAGAAACUUAUUGUAACAUUCAAAACCAAGUUAGAGAUGGAAUUAAAGAUCAAAGACUAUAUAAAAAAUUAAAAGCUUAUAAUUUAUAUCAUAAAAAAAGUGGGACUGAUGCAAUUUUAAAUAAGAAACUUCAUGAUCUGAGAAUGAAGAUUACAGAAGGAGCAACACCAAAACCACAUUCAUUUCAAAAGUGUAUUUUUAUUGAAGGUGGAGUAAAAUGUGGAGAAAAAGCUUUACCUAUGACUCGACAUUGUCGAAAACACAUUUUGGAGGAUCCAAAUCAAGUUUUAUUCCGUCAAUGUGGCAAAAUGUUGGCUGAUAUUGAAUGUAAAACGCCUGUUGAAGCAAUUUUUGAUGAUGCAACCUGUAGAUUACAUAUGGAUAUUCCUCCAAUAAGGUCUUACAGUAUGGUUAGGAAAGAUUCCGAAUCAGACUAUGAAGACCCAUUAGACACAAAUCUUUCACUAACAAACACAGAAAAUCCGUUAAAUUUUACGGGAAAAGAUAGCAUAAUAAAAACAGAAAACGAUAUCUUAACGUCAUGUAAUAAUACAUUCGAAAUUAAACAGGAGGAUUUAUCUUUGGAAUGUUUUGGAAACUACAGUGAUACUAGCACCGCAACAACCCAAAUGGUUAUUGAGGAACAAUCGAUAGGAAAAGAUGAUGAUUGUUCUGAUAUCACCAUAGUUGAACCUAAAGAAGAUAUCAUUGACGUCGAUAUAAAACAGGAAGAUAUGGAAUUUGACGAUAAACUUGAAAUUGUUGAAGAAUUUUCGGAAAAUUAAUUAGAUAUAAUGUAUUCUUUUUUUUUCAUAUGUAAGUUAAGUUUAGUUUAUAAAUAAAUUAAUGUAGUUGUUAUUUGAGGUAAAAUUUUGUGGUGUUAUU